AUGGAUUUCGAGGCCCUGAAGGAUCAAUGGAGUGAUGUGGAAGACCGUGAUGGCAUCCGGCUGAGCUGGAAUACUUUCCCGAGCUCUCGCAUGGAAGCUUCUCGCUUGGUCGUCCCCAUUGCUGCCGUCUACACCCCCCUGAAGGAGAAGCCGGAUUCCCCAUUGCUUCAAUAUGAGCCGGUGACUUGCAAGCAGCCCUGCCGGGCGGUGCUCAACCCGUAUGCCACCGUCGACAUCCGCGCCCGGAUCUGGAUCUGUCCCUUCUGUUUGAUGCGCAACCCUCUUCCGCCUCACUAUAAGGAUAUUACGGAGAACACGAUACCCCCCGAGCUCCACCCCUCCAGCACCACGAUUGAGUACCAAUUGGCACGGCCCGCCCCCGCUCCUCCGAUCUUCCUGUAUGUGGUCGAUACUUGCCAGGAGGAUGACAGCCUGCAGGCGCUCAAGGACUCGCUCGUCAUGAGCUUGUCUCUGCUACCGCCGAAUGCGCUGGUUGGUCUAAUUACCUAUGGCACAAUGGCCCAAGUGCACGAGCUCGGCUACACUGAAUGCGCCAAGUCCUAUGUGUUCCGAGGCAACAAGGACUACACCGCCAAGCAGGUGCAGGAGAUGCUAGGCCUUGUUCAAGGUGUGCGACCCGGCAUGCCCCCUCAGCAACAACCGCAGCGUCCUCCCCUCCCUCCGGCUGCGCGCUUCCUCCUGCCCGUUCAACAGGCCGAGUUUCAGAUCACCAACGUCCUCGAGCAAUUGCAGCGUGACCCCUGGCCCGUGGCCAACGAUAAGCGUGCCCUUCGUUGCACCGGUGUGGCCUUGAGCGUAGCUGUUGGCUUGCUGGAGACCUCCUUCCAAAAUGCUGGAGGCCGCAUCAUGAACUUUGUCAGUGGUCCCGCCACCGAGGGACCUGGUAAUGUCGUUUCUCCUGAGUUGAAGGAGCCGAUUCGAUCGCACCACGACAUCGAUCGCGACAACAUCAAGUACUACAAGAAGGCUGUUAAGUUCUAUGACAACCUUGCCAAGCGCGCCGCAAACAACGGUCACAUUGUCGACAUCUUCGCCGGAUGUCUGGAUCAGGUCGGUCUUCUGGAAAUGAAGAACCUCUCCAACUACACCGGAGGUCAUAUGCUUCUUACGGACAGCUUCACCUCCUCUCAGUUCAAGCAAUCCUUUGUUCGUGUGUUCGACAAGGACGUCAAUGACAACCUUCUUAUGGGCUUCAACGCCUCUCUUGAGGUCCUUACAACCAAGGAGCUCAAGGUCACAGGUCUUAUUGGUCAUGCUAUCUCACUGAACAAGAAGUCGAGCUCUGUGGGUGAGACGGAAUGCGGUAUUGGUAACACAUGUGCCUGGAAGAUGUGCGGUAUCGACCCGUCUUCCAGCUAUGGUGUAUACUUCGAGAUCGCCAACCAGGGUGGCCCCGCCGCUGUGCAGCCCGGCCCUCAAAGAGGCAUGAUGCAGUUCUUGACAUACUACCAGCAUUCCUCCGGACAUUACCAUCUCCGGGUGACCACAACAGCACGUCCCCUCAGUGGACCUGCAGGUGACCCGACGCUGGCACAGUCCUUUGACCAGGAGGCCGCUGCCGUACUCAUGGCCCGUAUCGCCGUCUUCAAGGCCGAGGUUGAUGAUGGCCCGGAUGUCCUGCGCUGGGUGGACCGCAUGCUGAUUCGACUGUGCUCGCGGUUCGCCGACUACCGCAAGGACGACCCGACAUCAUUCCGUCUGGAGAAGAACUUUACUCUCUACCCACAGUUCAUGUUCCACUUGCGACGAAGCCAGUUCUUGCAGGUAUUUAACAAUUCCCCCGACGAGACUGCUUUCUACCGCCAUGUUCUGAACCACGAGGAUGCUGGCGACUCCCUGGUCAUGAUCCAGCCUACGCUCGAUUCCUACUCUCUGGAGGUUGAGGGUAGCCAGCCCGUGCUGUUGGACUCUGCUUCCAUCCAGCCCGCGCACAUUCUUCUUCUCGACACCUUCUUCCACAUUCUUAUUUUCCACGGCGAGACCAUUGCCGAAUGGCGGAAAGCUGGUUAUCAGGAUCAGGAGGGCUACGAGAACCUCAAGGUGCUUUUGGAGCAGCCUAAGGAGGAUGCUAGGGAACUGAUUGCCGAUCGUUUCCCUCUGCCCCGUUUCAUUGUCUGUGACGCCGGUGGCUCCCAGGCCCGUUUCCUGCUGUCCAAGCUGAACCCGUCAACCACCCACACCACCGGUGGUUAUGGCGGCGGCGUAUCGGCACAAACCAUCUUCACUGAUGACGUGUCGCUCCAAACGUUUAUGGAUCACUUGAUGAAACUUGCGGUGUCCGGUACCAGCUAG